AUGUAUAUAGGAAUUUGCAAUAGUCAUGUUUGGUGUGUCAAUCUAAACAUUUAUCUGUUGGGUAUUUCUACGCGCUUUCUCGCUCGUCCCCGGAAUCUGCCACAUUCUAUCUAUCUAUCUAUCUAUCUAUCUAUCUAUCUAUCUAUCUAUCUAUCUAUCUAUCUAUCUGUCUGUCUGUUCAUAUCAUCUAUCUAUCUAUCUAUCUAUCUAUCUAUCUAUCUAUCUAUCUAUCUGUUUAUCUCUGUUUAUCUAUCUAUCUAUCUAUCUAUCUAUCUAUCUCAGUCUGUUCAUAUCUAUCUAUCUAUCUAUCUAUCUAUCUAUCUCAGUCUAUAUCUAUCUAUCUAUCUAUCUAUCUCAUCUGUUCAUUAUCUAUCUAUCUAUCUAUCUAUCUAUCUAUCUAUCUAUCUAUCUAUCUCAUCUUUUAUCUCAGUCUGUUCUAUCUAUCUAUCUAUCUAUCUAUCUAUCUCAUCUGUUCAUUUUCUAUGCCACUGUCUAAUUAGCUAUCUAUUUAUUUAUCUAUUUCUUUCUUUCUUUCUUUCUUUCUUUCUUUCUUCUUUCUUUCUCAUCUUCAUUAUCUAUCUAUCUAUCUAUCUAUCUAUCUUCUAUCUAUCUAUCUAUCUAUCUAUUUUCAUUUUAUCUAUGUAUUUAUGCAUGUAUGUAUGUAUGUAUGUAUGUAUGUAUGUAUGUAUGUAUGUAUCUAUCUAUCAUCUAUCUAUCUAUCUAUAUACUUAUCUAUUUAUUUAUCUAUCUAUCUCAGUCACUUCAUUAUUUAUCUAUCCAUCUAUCUAUCGCGAUCUUAUUCCUUAUUUCCCUCCUUCCCUCUCUCUCUCCCUCCCUUCCUUCCUUCCUUCCUUCCUUCGAUUAUUUUCACCCUUUUUUCUUAACUCUCACCGACAGACGUACGUAGAAUUAAAACCUCGAAAAUGUCUAUCGAAACACAGCGAAUGUCACGCAUCCGUUUCAGGCAGACACUCAUACUUGUUGAUCGUAACCCACCCCACAGCUCCCCACCCACGAUGCUAG